UGCGCUUUUGUCCAAAUAUUUCUUGCUUGCCCACCAAUUUCGCCAGCUAAUUAUUGGAAAAAAUAUAUUAGCAAGCUGAAAGACGAUAUUUCAUUAUAGCAGCGGAAAAAAUAGUGUGCAAAAAGUUUUCAUCUGCACAGUGGGCGUUGUGGCAAGAUGUGGCCGAAUUGCAGCUGCCUAACCCAUUGUACUUAAGUCAAAAAAUUCGAUUAGCAGGCUUUGCAUAUGUCAAAUUCGCCCAAUUUUCCUAGGCCGUCGGGUGCAUCAGAAAAUUAUUCAUUACGUUUUAGUUAGUCGUACGAAUUGUUUCUUAUUUGUGAAAGCUCGUCGAACAGAAGCAAAUUUCGCUUUAACCUUUUGAAAAAUAAAGGAAAAAGUUCGUAAAAAGCGAAAGAGCCCAUCGAAACCAACACGAAAUAUGUGUUCAAUAGAGAUUCCUUUCCCCAGAUCAUAUAAGAAAAUGGUUGCUGAUGACAUUGAUGCCGGAGUGGCCAUUGCCGUCGCCGAUCAAUCCUCGUCGUCCGUGGGCGUUAAGGAGGAGCUGCCGGCCGGCAAUUAUAUCCUGGUGGGCGUGGACAUCGACACCACUGGACGGCGUCUAAUGGAUGAGAUUGUCCAGCUGGCCGCUUACACACCCACCGACCACUUCGAGCAGUACAUCAUGCCAUAUAUGAAUCUGAAUCCAGCUGCUCGCCAGCGCCAUCAAGUUCGUGUUAUUUCGAUUGGCUUUUAUCGUAUGCUGAAGUCGAUGCAGACUUAUAAGAUCAUUAAAUCCAAGUCUGAGAUCGCUGCCCUCAAGGACUUCCUCAACUGGCUUGAGCAACUGAAGACCAAGGCGGGUCCCAGCUCGGACGGGAUAGUGCUUAUCUGUCAUGAACAGCGCAAGUUCAUUCCCUACAUGAUCCUGGAGUCGUUGAAGAAGUACGGCCUGUUGGAGCGCUUUACCGCAUCGGUGAAGUCGUUUGCAAACAGCAUCAAUCUGGCCAAGGCUUCCAUUGGCGAUGCCAACCUCAAGAACUACAGUCUGCGCAAGCUUUCCAAGAUCUUGACCACGACCAAGGAGGAAGACGCGACUUGCUCUGCGUCUACAUCUGGAUCUGGAUCUGUUUUGGGAUCUGGAUCUGAUAUAGUGUCCGAUUCGGUAUCGAUAUCCCCCCGGGACAGCACCGUGACCAACGGUGACGAUAAGCAAUCUGUCAAGAACGCCGUUCAGGGUAAGCGGCAACUGUUUGAGGGCAAUGCCAGUGUUCGUGCCAAAUUGGCCUUUGAUGUUGCCCUUCAGCUGAGCAACUCGAACUGCAAGCCGGAACCGAAAAGCUCGGAGGCAUUGGAGAAUUUGUUUAAUGCCAUACGUCCGUUUGCCAAGUUGGUGGUAUCCGAUAUCCUGGAGCUGGAUAUCCAGAACGAGAAUUUGGAGCGUCAAAACACCUUCCGUCCGGUGUUCCUGAACUACUUCAAGACCACUCUGUACCAUCGUGUGCGUGCCGUGAAGUUCCGCAUUGUGCUGGCCGAGAAUGGCUUCGAUUUGAACAAGCUAAGUGCCAUCUGGGCAGAAAAGCAGACCGAGGGCCUGGACAUGGCCCUGCAGUCUAUUGGCCGGCUAAAGAUCAAGGACAAGACGGAGCUGCUCGAGCUUCUGGAUAGCUAUUUCGAUCCCAAGAAGACCACGGUGAAGCCGGUUGUCAAUGGUAACGGCAACAACAAUAACAAUAACAAUCGUCGCCGCAAUCGACGCGGCGGCCGCCAUUCAGUGAAGAACGCUAGGUCAGCCAGCUCCCCAUCGGAGAGUACCGAGUUUGGAGCAGGAGGUGACAAGUCGUGCAGCGUUUCCUCGGUGCCCGACUCCACUACCAAGACACCCUCGCCAAACAAGCCGCGUAUGCACCGUAAGCGCAACUCUCGUCAAAGCUUGGGUGCAAACUCCAAUGGACUCAAAGUGGCGGCUGACAUAUCCUCCUCCGGCGUUUCUGAGCUCAACAAUAGCGCUCCACCUGCCGUAACCAUAACCCCGGUCGUGGCACAACCCUCACCAACACCGGUGGCCAUCACGGCCUCCAACUAAAAUCCAGUUCUGGUGGAUCCGUAAAUAUUUCAAAAAAUGGAUGAUCAAAACAUAAGAAGACAAGGGCAGGGAAUGGAGAUUUACACAACAAACGAACUUUCUUCCUUUUAGAAGAUCUAGUGCAGACAAGCUUUAAAUUCCAGUGGAAGCAAAUUUCCCGUGAACACAAACUCAUGCACGCACAACUCACGAGCACGUUGGUGUAUCGUUAGUGUGAGUAAACCGUGACUGUGACGUAAACAGUGACUGUUGAAUAGUGAUGACACAAGCUUCAAAAGAUAUUUUUGAAACGAGUGAAUUGAUAAUCGAGACGUUUGAAAACUACAUUGUCCAGCAUAUGGAGGAUGCUGAGCCCAUUGUAUAUAUAUACACACUUUGAAGCAGCGUAUGCUAGAAAUAAUGAUGGAGAAGAAGGAACAACAAAUAUGAUGUACAAUUAAGAACUCGCUGCAUUAAGCAUAGUUUUCCAGGCGAACCGAUGCACAUCGCCGAACUCAAAUGAGAGAUUGGAAAAAUAUGAUUCAAAACGGAACGCCUCGAUGAAAAUUUUCCAUUGGACGGGCCUGUCGACGCACACUAUCAAAACUCUAUGAAUAUAACCCAAGAUCCAGGCCUGGUCCAAUGUAGAAAACUUUCACAUUGAAGCUAAGGAAAGCACGAUAUAAAAAUACACCAAUCUAAUACAGUAAAAACCUCACGCACGCACACACACGCAUACUGAAAGCAUAUUCAAUACUUUAUUCGCACACUUAAAAUGGGCGGUAAUCUAACCCAACACUUGUAAACAUAUCCAGUAUUUCAAGCUGUAUUUCAUAUAUAUGUUUCAUAUUUACAAUCAACAAACAUAUGUAAUAUCUGCAAAAGGGCGCGAAUAAACGAACGAUAAACUAACGAUAA